AUGAGCCCAAGUCCCUACCAGGGCGCAGUGCUCCCCGCUGCGCUUGGCCCGCCUGCUGCGCUGCUGCGCGCGCGGUGCCGAGCUUGCGGCGAUCACGUGAUCGGCCCCUCGGUCACGUGCACGAUCUGCGGGAUGGAGGUGCACGCCCAUUGCAUGGCCCCCUACCAGGGCCACGCGGUGUGCCACGCCUGCUACGUCGAGCGGGACAUCGUCUACGCGCAGCGGCAGGCGGCCUGGGGCGGGCACGUGGCCGCGACCGUGGGGAGGACCGCGGCGACUUCGGCCCAGAUGGUCGGCCACGCCCUCGGCGCCACCAUCUCGACGGCCGCCACAGGAGUGCAGCGGCUGGCGCUGGGCGCGGCCGCAGGCGUGAGGCAGACUUGGAGUGCAGGCGCGAUGAUGCCACACCCAGUUUUGCCGAUCACGGGGCCCAGCGUCGAGGGCGCUGGAACCAUGCCGGCCCCGGCGGGCCAGGACGAACAACAUGAAGGCGUGAUGGGCCUGAUGCUGGCGGAGCUUCGCGACCUCCGCCUCCAGGUCGACAGCCUCAGCCGGCGGAAUGCUGAACUUGAGGCGGAGCGGGUUGCCGAGCGCGCCAGGGCAGCCGUUCCAUCUGCGGGGUACCUCACCCCGACUGCCGCUGACCAGGCUGAGGUCGCGGCGCCAGCGUCUCCCAGCUCAGAGGAGCCGCCGACGGCCACGGCGAGUGGAGGCCAGAGUGCGCAGGUCGGCGCACAUGGAGUACUUGGCGAGGACGUUCCUCACGCAGGCGAUGGGCUGAUCACCCAGGCGUCGGCGACCUUGGAGCUCCUCGCCCGCGGGGGUCAGGAGGUGGACAGAAGGGCGGAGUUCUUCGGCGCGCAGGCGCUGCCUGCAGCGACUACGACGACUUCGGCUACGACUCCUUCCCCUGCAGGUUCGGCGCCUGAUUGCCGGCGCCGUUUCCUGGAGCUGGAAGCGGAGGAUUCCCUGGCCCCGGAGGCGGAGGAUUUCCUGGAGCCGGAGGCGGAGGAGGAGGAUACCCUGGAGGUGGAGGCGGCGGGGGUGGAGGCUUCCCGAGUGGAGGCGGCGGGGGAGCAGAUGACCCAGGACGCGGACAUGGAGGCGACAUGCCGCGCCCCUGACGGCGCGAGCGGCCUCGACACCGUCUUGGCCAAGCUGAAGGACGGCGACUUGCAGAAGUUGGAGGUGUCUUCGAACCAGCCUCGGGCAUCGGCCUUGGAGGACUGGCUGCAGCGGGAUGCACUCCGAGUCGGAGGUUGGCACCGCCUGAUGGGGAGUUUCUUCCAGCGUGUCCAGGUGGUGGCAUACCAGGCGUAUGAGGAGUACCUCAAGCUUCAGCCGAUGGACCGGCCGAUGAUCCAGCCACGGCUGAAUUGGCAUGACGACGCCCGCUACCUGGACAUCGAGUUCAAGCUCAGGGCGGUGCUGCUGGAGAGCGUGCCGGAGACUGUGCGCCGGGAGGCCUUGGCGACGCGAGCCACGAGCACGGUGGAGGUGCUGUUCGCGACGCUGGUGUGGGCAGGCCCGGGGACGCUGAAGGACAAGACCGACGUUUCGGAGGCCGUUGAGCGCCGGGGCAAGGGCCCCGUCGACGUCAAGCACGUGCACUCGUGCUUGCAGCGCUGGCAGUUCGAUCUUGUUCGGCUCCAGCGGCUGCAGAUGCAGCCGCCCGAUCCCGUUGUGCAGCUGGCAACGCUCAGGACGAUGGUGGGCCGCAUGAUUGAGCAGUCCCACACCUUCGAGUUCCGACUGAACUCGUUCGAGACGCAGCACGGCCUCAGCGGUGCGUCCACGGCGACCCAGCGGCAGGUGGACGAGUACUGGAGGUACCUGUCUGCGGAGAGCCGCGAGAUUUCGGACACGCCGCCCCCGCAGCCCAAGCAGGCCGCUGCCGGUGAUCGCGGCGUCCGCGCUCAGAUCGCUCGCCUGGAGGCCGCCCUGGCUAAGGCCAAGGGCUCGGCGAGCCCCAAGGGCAGCGGCAAGGACAAGAGCGGCAAGAGCAAGGCAAAGGACGACAAGGGCAAGGGUGGCAAGCAGGAUGCGCAUGCCGCCGCCGCCACUGGCCUCGAGCUGUGCCGGCACUUCGAGUCCGACAAGGGCUGCAGGAACGGAGGCCAGUGCACGCGCAAGCACCGCAAGUUGGAGCCCCACGAGAACAAGUGCUUCAACUGCGGCAGCAAGCAGCACCCGAAGGCGCAGUGCACUGCGCCUCGGCCGCUCGCCUCCGCCGGGGGUCAGCAGCAGCAGCAGCCCCCUAGGGCAGCUGCGGCCACUGCGUCUGAGCAGCCGCUGAGCGCCGAGAGCAUCGAGCAGGCGGUCGCGCGCGCCAUGCAGAGCUUCGCCGCGCAGGCCGACAGCGGCUACCGGGCCGACUGGAGCGGCCAGGCAGGCGAUCCGUUCGCACUGCCCGACGCGCGUCCGCCGCCGCAGCAGCCGCAGCAGCCUGUCACGCGCAUGCUGCGCUUGGAUCCUCAGGGAGCCACCGUCGCCGCGUCGCGCCAUGGACGCAUCAGGGCAGAGAUGCUGCUGUGCGAUUCGGGCGCUAGCCACGAGCUGCGGCACCUCUGGCCUUCCCAGGCCCCGCCGCCGGGCAGCGUGCCCAUCAAGCUAGGCCUUGCCGUGGGGCAGGCCGCUGGCGAGGUCUACAUGUCGGAGGCCUUGUUCCCCAUCUCCGUGUACGUCCACGAGCUGGAGUUGAGCAUGCUGUGGGGCCCUGCUCGGGCGGCCAUUUCGCUGCCCGGCGGCCGCGCCCUCGAGCUCGUCGUGGACCGCGACGGCUCGGUCUUCAUCUCGGAGGCGCAGGCCGAGGUGCUCCGAGGCAUGCGCCGCCUGCGCCGCGCGCAGAUCGGCGCGUCCAGGUUCGUGGACUGCGUCCGCGCCGCGGUGGUGCAGCAGAGCCUGGAGCAGCACCGGGCUGCAGGGCAUCCGCACUUCCGCCCUGACUGCGCGGAGUGCCGUCUAGCCGCUGGCCGGCAUCGGCCCCACUGGCGCCUAGACGCCAGCACGCGGCCAGGCGGGCAGAUGUCGGCGGACAUCUCUGGUCCACAUCCGUAUGCACGGUGGCCGUCGGCUCUGCAAGAGGACAGUCCUCGCCGGGCCCGCUUCUUCCUGCUGUGCGCUUACUCCGUCUUCACCGUGGCCGAGCAGGAGGCUGCGGUCAAGAACGAGCGCUUCGCGCGGGACAGCUCGAAGGUGGAGGUGGGCAAGGAGGACGGCCUUGCCGACCCCGGAAGCGCCGGGGGUUCGACCGGAGGGCCGGCGGGCGCGGUCGCUCAGCGAGCGGCGAUUUUCGAGGCGGUGGCAUUCGAAGCAGUGCCAAGUGGUCUCGACGGCGAGGUCAUCGAGGAGCCCGCGGAGCUGCUGGUGGACCUGCCAGGCGAUGCGGCGAAGGGCCGCCGCACAUGGUAUUACACGCGUCCGCUGCAGACCAAGGCGGCCGACGAGGUGGGAAAGGCUCUCGAGCUCAUCGUUGCGGAGGUGAGCUUGGAGUUCCAGACGCGGGGCAUCGGGGUCAUCAAGCAGCGCGCUCGCGCCAUGUUGGUCGUGCUGGAGCCGGCCGACCGCGAGCAGCUGUGGCCCGCCGCGGUGCAGCACGCCGCCGCGCUGCAGAGGCGCGAGGCGCAGGGCCGCCCGACCUCGUGCCCAGCCUUCGGCAGCAUGGUUGCGGCGAAGAUCAAGCAGCCAGUGGUCUUCGGUUUCGCGCCUCGCGCCGCCGACAGGGUGUUCUUGGGCAUCGCCGACUACGUGUCGCAGUCGGCGCUGGUGGGGUUCAAGCAGACCAGGCUGGGCGUGACGAAGUGGGUGUUCGAGACCUCAUCCAGCUUCAUCCCGCACCCGCCGCCGCCGCGCCGCUCGCUGGUCGAGUCGUCAGGCGGCGCAGCUGCGGCCGCUUCCGGCGAAGCGGCAUCCGCCCGGCAGCCAGGCCAGCAGAGGAGGCGCUACCGCGAGAAGCAGCCGGCCCGAGAUGUUCCCGGAGAGGCCUCCGGGGACAUCAGGAUUCCGAGGGCCUCGGCGCUGGGGGAGCGGUUCGUGGACUUCGGGCCGACCGCGCAGCGUGCGAGUGGUCAUCAGGAGGAGCUGCUGUGGACGCCGGCGGUGGCCGCCGCGACCCGCGCGGCUGGGAGCGAUGCUGACGACGACGGCAUGGCCGACGCGUCUCUGCCCGAGUUCCGCGAGGUGCUCAAGGACUCGGGGAUGCAGCCCGUGACCGGCCUGGAGCUCCGGCGCGCCGUGGGAGCCGAGAGGGAGGAGUGGUUCCAGGCGAUGGCGGCCGAACUGUCCAGCUAUAGGUCGAGCGCGGUGUUCGACGAGCUACCCGCUGCGGACCGCGGCGGAGUGAGAGCCAGCGAGAUCCUGCCGAUGAAGGUCGUCGCCGGCAUCAAGCCUCCCAAACCAGGGGACGCCCAGCAGAGGAGAAGGAAGAAGAUCAGGGGCGUGGUGCGCGGGAACUUCCAGGCAAAGCAGCCCGACGAGGUCGUCUACACGCAGAACGUCGAGAUCUCCAGCGUGCGCUUGGCCCUGGUUGUGGCCGCUCGGUGCAGGUGGAAGCUCCAAGCUCUCGACGUGAGCACGGCAUUUCUCAAUGCCCCUCUUCCCCCCGAGGCCGGUCGCGUCGUUGUUCGCCCUCCCAAGCUCUUCGUCGAUUUGGGCCUCGUUGGACCAGACGUGCUUUGGGUUGCGAACAAGGGGAUCUAUGGUCUGCGGAUUGCCCCCAGGGCUUGGGGUGCCAAGCGUGACAACGAAAUGAGGGCAAUGCAGUUCUUGGUCGACGGCGUGCCGGCGAAGCUGGUCCAGAGCAGGUGCGACCCCAGUGUCUGGAUGGUGGUCGCUGCGGCGGAGCCUAAGCUGGAGUCGGACCGCCUCUUGCUCGGCCUCCUUCUCGUCUACGUCGACGAUUUCCUUUGCUUGGGGCCCGACGGGGCGUUGGACGAGCUGGAGUCGCUGCUGAAGGCUACGUGGACAUGCUCGGUCCAGAGCCGGAUCGGCUGGGAAGCGCCGGGGAAGGUGACCUACCUGGGGUUGGAGAUCGAGGCGCGAGGGUCCGAGCUGAUUGUGCACCAGGGCCCCUACCUGGACGACAUGCUCGCCAAGUGGGGCCUGUGCGACGCCAACGGCACGCACACCAUCGCGCUCGAGCCCGUUCCGCCUCCUCGCGCGCCGGAGGAGGGCGACGCCGACCCAGCAGCCGUCCGCGCGGCCCAGCGGAUGGCAGGAGGCUUGCUUUGGCUUGCUACGAGGUCGCGCCCCGACGUGUCUUUCGCGACCUCGCGUCUCAGCAGCUUUGCCCGCAGCCAUCCCGACUGGGCGCUGCGGCUGGGCAAGCGCAUUCUGCGGUACUUGAUCGGCACUCGUGGGUUCGCCCUGGUGAUCGGCUGGGGCCCAGAAGACCCGAGUGCCAGCUACGCCAAGCUGUCCUCCCUCAGCCUGGACGUCUUCGCAGACGCCAGCUUCGAGGUGGAGACCGCUCAGACGGGAGUGGCGGUGUUCUGCGGUGGCGCGUUGAUCGACUGGCGGAGCCAGAAGCAACCGCAGGUGGCCCGCAGCACCGCCGAGGCAGAGAUCACUGCCUUGAACAUGGGUGUCACGAUGCUGGAGGGCGCGGAGGCGACCAUGGCCAGCAUCGCAGUCGGCACGUGCGGCUCUACGCCGACGCUCUGGGGUGACAACACCGCCAGCCUCCUCAUCGCCGAGGGGCAGGGCAGCUGGCGCACGCGUGCGCUUGCUAAUCGAGCCGCAGCGUUGCGCAGCCGGGUAGGCAUGGGAACGCUGCUGCUCAAGAAGGUGUCCUCGGAGGAGCAGCGGGCCGACGGCUUGACCAAGGUGUUCGCUGCCGCCGUGAUGGGCCGCAUCCGCGCCCACUUCGGCCUGCAGCUGGUCGUCGAGCUGCUGGACCGUGCCGCGGCUGCUGCCGGUGCGCGCCGCCUGCAGCCGCCUGCGUGGUGA